CCAAACAUCCCCCCACCCACCUCCACCCUCCAGCCACCUUUUUGCACAGACAAAAUUCCAUCUACCGUCUUCUACGCCACCUUUUCGGUUGCCAUCUUCACUCGCUUUCCCUGUUGGUUUUCUCUCUUGUGUUGGAUUUGGAUGGCUAGUCUUGGCGAUAUUGGGGUUUCUGCACUCAUAAACAUAAUCACCGCCUUCGCUUUCUUGUUGGCCUUUGCUCUACUCAGAAUCCAACCUAUUAAUGACAGAGUUUACUUCCCCAAAUGGUACAUUAUUGGGGCCAGAAGCAGUCCUAGACACACUGGAAAUUUUGUGGGCAAAUUCGUCAAUCUCAAUUUCAACACUUACCUUACAUUCCUUAACUGGAUGCCUCAAGCUAUGCGCAUGAAGGAGCCUGAGAUUAUUGAACACGCUGGCCUUGAUUCUGCUGCUUUCUUGAGGAUUUACGUUCUUGGCUUAAAAAUUUUCGGGCCAGCUGCGAUUGUGGCUUUCUUGGUUCUAAUUCCAGUUAAUGUAUCGGGUGGGUUGUUGUUUUUCCUCAGCCACGAUUUGGUCAUCAGUGACAUUGAUAAGCUUUCCAUAUCAAAUGUUCCACCUAAAUCUUCAAAAUUUUUUGCACACAUUUUGAUGAUGUAUUUGUUCACGUUUUGGGCAUGCUAUAUGCUCUACAAGGAGUAUGAUGUGGUAGCAUCAAUGAGAUUGAACUUUUUGGCUUCAAAAAGUAGGCGAGCUGAGCAAUUCACGGUUCUUGUUAAAAACGUGCCUCAUGUGCAUAAAAAUUCUGUGUCCGAUACAGUAGACUAUUUCUUUAAAAAAAAUCACUCAACUCAUUAUCUUUGUCACCAGGCCGUCUACAAUGCAAACAAGUUUGCUAGAGCGGUGAAGAAAAGACAAAAACUGCAAAACUAUUUAGACUACAAUGAGCUUAAGUUUGAAAGAACUCCCCACAAACGUCCAACAAAAAAGACGGGGUUCCUUGGACUUUGGGGUAAAAAGGUAGACUCCAUAGAAUACUAUCAACAACAGGUUAAAGAGCUUGACGAAAAGUUAACGAUGGAGCGUGAGAGAAUUUUCAAGGACCCGAAAUGCAUUAUGCCGGCUGCAUUUGUAUCGUUCAACUCGCGAUGGGGUGCGGCUGUGUGCGCUCAGACGCAACAAAGCAAAAACCCGAUUUUAUGGUUAACAGAUUGGGCCCCUGAACCUCGAGAUGUUUACUGGAAAAAUCUGGCUAUACCUUUUGUUUCUUUGAGCAUCCGUAGACUAGUUAUAUCAUUAGCUGUCUUCGCCUUGGUGUUCUUCUACAUAAUACCCAUCGCAUUCGUUCAAUCGCUCGCCAAUCUUGAUGGGCUUGAAAGGGUCGUUCCUUUUCUCAAGCCCGUGAUUGAAUUGAGUUUUAUCAAGUCUUUCCUUCAGGGUUUUCUUCCUGGUCUUGCUCUGAAGGUUUUUCUAUGGCUUCUUCCCGGAAUUCUUAUGACCAUGUCAAAAAUCGAAGGGCACGUUGCGUUUUCUGUAUUGGAAAGGAGAACGGCUGGAAAAUACUAUUUCUUCAUGCUGGUGAAUGUUUUCUUAGGAAGUAUCGUAACUGGAACAGCAUUUGAGCAGCUUGAUUCUUUCCUUCACCAAUCACCAACACAGAUUCCAAGGACUAUUGGGGUAUCGAUUCCAAUGAAAGCUACUUUCUUUAUUACAUAUAUAAUGGUUGAUGGGUGGGCAGGCAUGGCAGGAGAGAUUCUUCGGUUGAAGCCUUUGAUCAUGUUUCAUCUCAAGAACAUGUUACUUGUGAAAACUAAAAGAGAUAGAGAAAAGGCAAUGAAUCCCAAGAGCAUAGAUUUCCCGGAAACCAUUCCUUCUCUUCAACUAUACUUCCUUAUGGGGGCUGUGUAUGCUGUAGUUACUCCAAUCCUUCUUCCCUUUAUACUCAUCUUCUUUGCUUUUGCAUACUUUGUCUAUCGUCACCAGGUAAUUAACGUGUACAAUCAACGUUACGAGAGUGCUGCUGCAUUUUGGCCACAUGUUCAUACUCGGAUAAUAGCCAACUUGAUGAUAUCUCAGUUUCUUUUGUUGGGAUUACUUAGCACAAAAAAGGCUGCAAGUUCAACUCCCUUGCUUGCUGUUUUACCGAUUUUGACUGUGACUUUCCACAAUUACUGCAAGAGCCGGUUCGAGCCUGCUUUCCAAAAAUACCCUCUUGAGGAAGCUGUGGAGAAGGACGCACAAGAUGAAGUUUAUGAAGGUGAAAUGGAGAUGAAAUCUUUCUUGUCUGAGGCAUAUUUACAUCCAGUUUUACGUUCAUUUGAAGAAGUUGAGCUAGUAGAGUUGGGAGUUGAAAGAAUCCCAAGUCAACCAACUACCGAACCUGCUUUUGGUUUGGAUUCCCCUGAAAGCAAGGUGUCUCCUAAAACUCAAAAGCAGAAUCUUGAAGUUGUAGUUGAGCAACAUGAGAGUGUAUUUACCAUGUCCCGUGAGACCUCUGUGCAUCAGACCCACAACACCUGACUCACCCUUACCCUGGAUGCUAAUGCUACAUGUAGCUUCCAUAACUGUGGCUAACCUAAAUGGUCUUUUUGGAUAUCAAUGGUUGUUGUUCAUAUCAUAUAGAUGUCUUGGUGGGGUGGGGUUUUUUUUGAUAUGUAGGAACUGAGCAUGUUAGACUUCGCUAUCAGCCUCAUGUACUGGUUAGUAUUGGUCUUAGUUUAGGUUUGGGGGUAUCAAUAGGUCCUUUUUUUGUAAUAAAAAAAUAAUUAGUUUGUAAUGAUGUUUAUUUUUUGUUCUUGUAAUAUGGC